UUGAAAUCUGCAUUAAGUUUUGAGAAUGCGGCCAAAAAUAUUUUAUGACCCGUGGGAGCUUAACACAAAUCUUAUCAGCUUUGCAGUCAUUUUUACCUUUUCAAUCUACCUUGAUUCAUACCAAGAUUUAUUCAUGUCUCCUCUUCGAUGACAGAUAGGAUACGUCGUUCGUUGUACAAACGAAUUCACCCCUCAAAUUCAUGUAAUAAUCACAGCUGUUUUAAAGCACAGCUCCCGCUGUUUUCAUAAAUAAAUAGUUCUCCGACAGUCGUGGUGUGCAUGAAUAUUAUAUUAAGAAUGAUAAAUUGAAUUUGUAUUCGCACACCAAUCUAAUCAGGAAACUGUCCAAACCGAAACAAAAUUACUGAUCAUGUUCCGCCAGAGAUUUGGUAGUUUUAUGGCACUAUUAACAAGGGAUGUCAAUUAUGCGGCUAGGAGGUUUCUGUCAUCAGCAAAUGAAAUGAUGGAUGCUAGAUUGCCACAAGAAGACUUGGGUCCCAACUUCUUUGCAAAAAACAUAGGUUCUAACUUCAUGCGAUGGCAGUCAAUAUUGAAAAAGCAUCCUGAAUUGAAAACCUUGAGAAGCAAAGAUAUUAUAAAUACUAACAGAAUAUUAGGCAAAUUAUCAUUCACGCUUGAAGACAUACUAAGCAAACCUAUGAUUUUGUAUACAAAUGAGAUGACAAUAGAAAACCGCUAUAUUGUCUUGAAAGAAUGUGGGUUUGAAAAUAUAACCAUAUCUCUUUUGUCCAAAUUUGUAUCCGCAAUGAAUCGAACUAUUGCUACCCUCAAGUCACAGAAUCACAUACCUUUUGAAACAGAUGUAGUAGAACGCCUGCGAGGGACAUUUACCGAUAUAGAAUUAAAAUUGCCCGCAGAAUGGGAUCAGCAAGUCGAAGAAAUACAUCUCAAGAUAUUGCGGCAGCGCAUUUUAAAUUGUUAUCUCCAGCAAAAACUUAUGGCAACACCGAGUGAUUUGGAAAAGAUAUGGAAAACCUAUGGCCGACUACGCCACAAAAGCUUCUACUCCGUUCAAUCGAUAGUCGAUGUUUUACACAAUGAAUUGAAAUUUUCCAAUGAGCGGAUUAUAAAAAAUGGUUUUUUGCUAUAUGGCGAUGCAGAAAAUGUGAGACGAAUUAUAGAAGAGAAACCGAAUAUUGCUGGACAUAAUAUAAGGGAGUUGUUGUAUAAAAGGCCGAAAAUUAUGAUGACAUCUUGCGAUGCUCUUCUAACUACACUAAAGCACAUUAAACAUUAUGGCAUUGGCGAGGAUGCCAUAUUACGUUGCUUGGAAAUAUUGACUUUGGGACCAGAUACCGUUCUAGAACGCUUAAAAGAUUUAAACGAAGUAGAAGAGUUUAAAGUAUUAAGCACAAAUCCAAGGGUACUACGACUUGUUCAUUAUCAAAAUAAAGCUAGACUGAGAUUGGAUUAUUUAAAUCAGCUUAAAGUCAGAUGUGCUUCGUUACAUAUUUUAUCUUGUGGAUCCGAAGCAUUUGCCAAGUUUGCUCGGGAUGGUUCCGAUAGAACAAAGGGGCGGGAUAAUGUUGUUUAUUUGUCCAAGGUAAUGAAUAAACCAGAAAAUGAUCUUAGGAAUAUAUUGUCAAGACAUCCGAAUUGGUGUCAUAUACCGGCCACACAAGUAAAAAACUGCUACGAAUAUUUGUUGGGGAAAACAUUUACAACUGAAGAUAUUUACAACAAUAUACAUCUACUUUUGUAUCCCAUCAAACGAAUACAAGAAAAAUUGAAGCAAUUAAGUGAUCCAGAUUUCUUGCAAGUUCUAAAAUUCGAUCGCAGCAAUAAAAAACUAACUAAAAAUGAGAGUCUCACGCUCGUAUUGUAUCUCAUUGAGAGUGAAUUUCAUUUUACCGGCGAUGGCUUAUGGACCGAACAGCACACACAGCAUGUAGAGAAUUUCAAUAAUUUGCUGCCAGACUUUCCAGAAAGUUUGAACAAAAUGUAUAAAUAUGGCUUAAAACCAUUAACUUCGGCAACUAUAUCGUCCAAGCCGCAAUCAGAUGGAAAAACAAAUGAAUAUGUUUUUAGUUGAGAUAAAAUUUAUAAAUAAAUGUAAAUACUGUUA